GGCCGGGCGCUCCGUAGAGCAGCGGGCAAGGCAGGUGCCAUGGCCCUGAUCGAAGGGGUGGGUGAUGAGGUGACUGUCCUUUUUGCGGUGCUUGCCUGCCUUCUGGUGCUGGCUCUGGCCUGGGUCUCAACGCACACCACGGAGGGCACCCACCUGCUGCCCCAGCCAUCAGGGACCCCAACACCAGCACAGCACAGCGAAGCCAUGGCAGUCAGCGACAGCAUCAGAGGAGAGGCCCCAGGAGCUGAGACCCCCAGUCUGAGACACAGAGGUCAGGCAGCACAGCCUGAGCCUGGCAUGGGGCCCCCAGCAAUGCCACCGUCACCUCCGGACUCCCCCCAAGAGCCCCUAGUCCUGCGGUUGAAGUUCCUCAAUGAUUCAGAGCAGGUGGCCAGGGCUUGGCCACACGACACCAUUGGCUCCCUUAAAAGGACCCAGUUUCCCGGCAGGGAGCAGCAGGUACGGCUCAUCUACCAAGGGCAGCUGCUAGGAGACGACACCCAGACCCUGGGCAGCCUUCACCUCCCUCCCAACUGCGUUCUCCACUGCCACGUGUCCACGAGGGUCGGCCCCCCCCACGCCCCCUGCCCACCCGGGUCCGAGCCAAGCCCCUCGGGGCUGGAGAUAGGCAGCCUCCUGCUGCCCCUGCUGCUGCUGCUGCUGCUGCUGCUCUGGUACUGCCAGAUCCAGUACCGGCCCUUCUUCCCCUUGACGGCCACUCUGGGCCUGGCCGGCUUCACUCUGCUCCUCAGUCUUCUGGCCUUUGCCAUGUACCGCCCGUAGUGCCUCCGCGAGCGCUCGAGGGUGUUGCCGUCCCCUCGGGACCUUGCUCCCCACACCACGGAGGGAGCUGCUGUCUGCCGGGGCCCGCCUCGCGCGCCCGCCUCUUCCCACUUCCCUGGAGCCCAGCCCUGCGCUGCAGAACGCCCCGGGGGCGGGCGGCGGGCGGCUCUGGGCCACCCACGCGGGCAGCCGGCCCUCCCGUGCCGCUGACUCUGGCUUCCUCAGGGCCGGGCAGCUGCUGUCGCUGCCUGGGCCCCGGGCAGGGCCGGGCCACGCCCCUGGGGCCGUCCUAGGGUCCGGCCUGGGCACUCUAGGCCCUAAUUGCUCCUGGGUGGGUUUGCGGCCCCCACGAGCACCGAGGUCUCGUGAAGGGCGCAGGGAGGUUGGAGGGGUUCUCUGGAACGUGUGCAGAUUAAAAAAACUGUGAAGCUUUC